AUGGCGUCAGUCACGAAAUUGACGACGUCAGUGCUUUCGAGCACUGUCCUCCCGGCGCUGCCCAAGACAUGCAAUGCUCGCGCUGCUCUUCCAGCGGCUGGAUUUCCGCAGGGUCAGCUCCGCCUUCACCAUAACCGCCUUAGAGCCUCCUUCCAGAAGAGCCUUCAUCUUCCCGUCUCCAGCAGGUCGUUCCCCUGUGUGAGGGCUGUGAGCGUGGAGGGAGAGACCGUAGUGGAGGAGACGGUUGAGACUGUUCCCGAGAGCACCGAUGCCGCCGCCGAGCAAGCUCCCGCUGCUGCUGCCGAGGAGAAGAAGGAGGAGAGGAAGGCGCGGCCUGGGGCUACCAGGAGGAGAAAGGUUACAGUCAACGUUGAGGAUCUGCAGCCCGGCCAAGAGCUCACCGGCAAAGUUCGCUCGGUGAAGCCGUACGGAGCCUUCGUCGACAUUGGCGCGUUCACUGACGGUCUCGUCCACAUCUCCCAGCUCGCGACGGGUUUCGUGAACAAGGUGGAGGAUGUGGUAACCGUCGGGCAGGAGGUUACAGUCCGAGUGAUCGAGGCCAGCAAGGAGUCUGGCCGCAUCGCGCUGACCAUGCGCGACCCGGAGGCGGAGCGCGUGGCGGCGGAGGAGACGGCGGCGGUGGAUGCGGAGCGAAAGGCGUCGGCGCAGCAGCGCCGCCAGGCCGCGGGCGGGGCGGAGGGGGACGCUCCCGAGCGCAAGGUGGCGGGCAGAGGCCGCAGGCAGCAGCGGGAGGAUCAGAAGCCGACGCAUAACUACAAGAAGGGGCAGAAGGUGAAGGGCGUGGUGAAGAACCUGACGUCGUACGGAUGCUUCGUGGAGCUCGAGGGCAAGGUGGAGGGGCUCCUCCACGCCUCCGAGAUCGCCCCUGGUGGCGACAUGGUGCCAGUGGAGUCGCUGGUGUCGGUGGGACAGGAGCUUGAGGUCACAAUCGCCAAGGUUGAGAAGAACCGCAUCAGCCUCACAAUGAAGGAAGAGGUCGAUGUGACGCUCUUCAACGAGACCAGCCCGCAGGACGAGGAGCUGCGCGCGCUCAACCCCUUUGAGGCGGCCUUCCGCCGCGCCAACCUCGUCACUGACGCCCCCCGCCGCGCCUCGGCUGCUGCUGAAGCCGAGGAGGAGAUUCUGCUGCUGGAGAAGAAGGACAAGUCAGGGGAGGAGGCGGAGACGGUAGAGACAGUGGCGGAGGCAGUAGAGGAGGCUGAUGAGAAGGCCGCAGAGGCAGUGGCGGCUGCUGUGGAGGAGGAGGCAGCGAAGGAGGAGGAGAAGGUGGAGGAGGAGGCGGCUGCGGUUCCUGUUGAGGCUGUUGCUGCUGCGGAGCCUGCUGCAACUGAGGCUGUUGCGGAAGCGGCGGAGGGUGUGGUGGUUGCGGAUAUCCCGGCUGUGGAAGAGAAGAAGGAGGCGGAGGCUGCUCCUGCUCCUGCUCCUGCCGCCACCCCCGCAGCAGGUGGCAUUUCAGCAGCAGUGGUGAAGCAGCUGAGGGAGGAGACGGGGGCCGGCAUGAUGGCAUGCAAGAAGGCCCUCGCCGACGCCAACGGGGACCUCGAGACCGCCCGCGAGAUCCUCCGCAAGAAGGGCCUCGCUUCCGCUGACAAGAAGGCCUCCCGCAUCGCGUCCGAAGGGCUCGUCAGCAGCUACGUUCACUCGGACCGCAUCGGAGUUCUCAUCGAGGUGAAUUGCGAGACGGAUUUCGUCGCCCGAGGGAGUGCUUUCCAGGAGCUGGUAGAAGAUCUGGGCAUGCAGGUGGCGGCGUGUCCGCAGGUGGAGGUGGUAUCUGUGGAGGAUGUUCCUGCAGAGCAGGUGGCGAAGGAGAGGGAGGUGGAGCUGGGGAAGGAAGAUCUGGCGAGCAAGCCCGAGGCCGUGCGCGGGAAGAUUGUGGACGGGCGGAUGGCGAAGAGGUUGAAUGAGCUCGCGCUGCUGGAGCAGCCGUAUAUUAAGAAUGAUAAGGUGCUGGUUAAGGAUGUGGUGAAGCAGGCGAUUGCUUCUCUCGGGGAGAACAUUCGCAUCCGCCGCUUCGUGCGGUUCAACCUCGGGGAAGGGAUUGAGAAGAAAUCGGCUGAUUUCGCAGCGGAGGUUGCCGCGGCCAGCCAGGUGCAGGCUCCUGCUGCUCCCGCUGCCCCCGCCCCUGCCGCCGCUCCUGCCGCCGAAGCUGCGCCCGAGCCUGCGGCCGACAAGCCCAAGGUCGCCGUGUCUAUGGCUGCGGUGAAGCAGCUUCGGGACGCCACCGGCGCCGGCAUGAUGGACUGCAAAAAGGCCCUCGAGUCCACCGGGGGAGACGUGGACUCAGCCCGGGAGCUCCUCCGCAAGAAGGGGCUGGCUAGCGCAGACAAGAAGGCGUCGCGCAUCGCAGCGGAGGGCAUCGUGGGAAGCUACAUUCACGACGGGCGCAUCGGCGCGCUGAUCGAGAUCAACUGCGAGACGGACUUUGUCGCGCGGGGGGAGAAGUUCCGGGAGUUAGUCGACGACCUAGCGAUGCAGGUCGUGGCGUGCCCGGGAGUCCAGGUGGUGAGUGAGGAGGAUGUGGAUCCUGCCUGGCUGGCAAAGGAGAGGGAGAUUGAGAUGGGCAAGGAGGAUCUGGCGAGCAAGCCCGAGGCCGUGCGCGGGAAGAUUGUGGACGGGCGGCUGGCGAAGCGUGUCUCGGAGCUGGCUCUGCUGGAGCAGCCGUUUAUUAAGAAUGAUAAGGUGACGGUGAAGGAGGUGGUUAAGGAGGUGGUGGCGGCUCUCGGGGAGAAUAUCCGCGUGAGACGGUUUGAGAGGUUUACGCUCGGGGAGGGGAUUGAGAAGAAGGUUUCGGAUUUCGCUGCGGAGGUGGCGGCUGCUGCGGGGCAAGCGUAA